AUGGGCGGUGGUGUGAGUGGCUGCUGGUGUAGAAGGGCUCAGCCUCCUCAGUUGUAUCCUUCUCAUUUGAAGGAUCACCAAUCCCGGUCCCGUAAUAGUAGUUCAGAUCAGCAACCACAAGUUCAUGUGGAUGCUCUUGGAAAGAUUACACUUCCUUUUAUUUCCAGGCCACGAGCCUUACUCGAGGUUGACUCUCCGCCUAGCUCUGGUGAUGGAAGGUCUGGUCAUAAGGGAUCUGAAAAGCAUCUGGAAGAUGAGCCUCUUGUUGCAGCUAGGGUCACUAUUGAAGAUGCUUUUGGAGUUCUUAUUGAUAUAGUUGACAUUGAUAGGACUCUCCAAUUCAACAGGCCACAAGAUGGAGGAGCUCAGCUCAAGAGAAAACGACAGAUCCUGCUUGAAGGAUUAGCAACUUCGCUUCAACUUGUUGAUCCCUUCAGCAAAACAGGCCAGAAAACAGGAUUAACCGCCAAGGAUGAUAUUGUCUUUCUACGCAUAGCUACACUUCCCAAGGGUCGGAAACUGCUCACAAAGUAUCUACAGCUUCUUGUCCCUGGUACUGAGAUUGCUCGUGUUGUCUGUAUGGCUGUAUUCCGCCACCUCAGGUUUCUCUUUGGUGGUUUACCGUCAGAUAGCCUUGCAGCAGAGACAAUAGCUAAUCUAGCUAAAGCAGUUACGGUUUGUGUUCAAGCAAUGGACCUCCGAGCACUGAGUGCUUGUCUUGCAGCUGUUGUUUGUUCUUCAGAACAGCCACCACUCCUUCCUCCUUAUGGUGGUUGA